AGGGGUCUCCAUCUGACACAUCAUCCCCUGUAAAUCACUUCUUUGGGGUUUUUUUAAUCAGAAUAGCUCUGUUGCUCUUUCCCACAUCUUCACGCCCAAUCGCACACGCGAAGGAGAACAGAAAUAAAAUAAUAAUCGGUGAACGUCGUUUUUUGUCGCACAUACUUUCGUCUUCGUCCGUAUUACUGCGCCCUUUCACUCUGAAUCCCCCCCCCCUCCCCAUUCCCUUUGCUAUCCCACUGCAAUGGCGUCUCAAGGUUACGCUACAGACGACGUGCAGGAGCGUCCGACGGCGGGUAUGGCGGGCAUCGAUGACGAGUACUGCCCCCAUUACUUCCAUCCUGGUGCCCGUCGUCUCUUCGCCGUGUUGCCUUUUGCUGAGCGCAUUCCCCUCUUUGGCGAGGCUGCCCGACCGUACGGUCCCGGUCGCGUCGGGUCCUUGGCGAUCUACUACUUCUUCGGCAAGGGCAUCGCGAGCAACAUCAUGACCUACGCUCGUCAGCCUCUCUUUAUGAAGCGCUACAGCAUUGACGGUACGCGCUACCAGCGUCUGUCCAGCAUCUCCGGUAUGGGCUGGUCCAUCAAAGCCUUCACUGCUAUGCUGUGUGAUACGCUCGCUCUCUGCGGGUACACAAAACGGUGGUACAUGUUCGGCUCCGCCGUGCUCGGUGCUGUCUUUGCUCUCGUGCUGGGGCUGCUGCCGGCGAAGGAGUCGUCCGCCAACAUCGCGUGUGCUUUUGUCUUUCUCACCUCCCACAGCAACGCCAACAUGGAUAUCCUGUCAGAGGGUCUGUACAGCCGUCUGAUGCGUCGCCAGCCCAGGGCCGGCGCGGCCCUCGUCAGCUCCAUUUGGUGGUUUAUCAUGGUAGGCGUCAUCAUCGCGGCCAGCAUUCAAGGCCCCCUGUCGGACGGGGGUAAAGCACAGAUCGGCAUUUUCGUCUCUGCGGCGCUGCUGCUGCUGUGCGGUCCCAUCUUCCUCUUUAACCUCUACGAGGAGCGUCCGAACCGCGUGGAGCGCUGGGAGGACGCAUUGGCCAUCGAGGCGGAGGUGCGCAUGGAGCUCGGCGAGGACGUCUCCUCCGAGCAGGCCCGUCUGCGAGCUCGUCUGGGGAAGGCGCACUCUCUCUCCAACAGCGACACGGAGCCGAUCUCGAGCCAAGCGAAGGACAUGCACCCCGAGCUUGGCCAUACAGAGCAGGGUUAA